AUGCAUUUUUCACAACUGCCCUCUAAUAUAGGUGCGAAAGAUAUGCAAGACAGCCCAAUCCCUGUAUCCUCAACUGGAGUCCGUGAUUUUCAUUUUAAUAAUGGUUCUACAGUUAGGAUAUCGGCAGCAUCCUCCCCUAAAGUUCGUUAUGACCUUCUUAGUCUAGAUGAACUUGACAUUGCUGGGAUAUAUGCUGAUUUCUCAACCUGUUCACUUUGUGACAGAAAUAAUCAUAUCCUAACUGACAUCAUUAAACGUGGCCGAUUCUACUGGAUAUCUACGAAGUACUUGAUUUUACCAAUUCGUAGUAAGUAG